ACCAUUUUCAGAUGACAAAUUAUGUGAAUUGUUAAACAUUGGACAAAGUAUGGGUCAAAAUCAAAGUGAAGAAGAAGAGGAAGUGGCACUUGCUGAUAUCCAGCCUCUUUACACAGUGUUUAUGAAUGUGUGCCCAAGUGGAGCCCUACAUCUUCAUGAAUUCCGCAAGAUCUUUGGAGUUCAGAGCACGUCAGAAGAUGAGGCGUUGUACAUGGAAACAUUAUUCAAAUCCUUUGAUACAAACAGGGAUAAUGUAAUAGACUUUAUGGAAUUUGUAGCAGCCGUCCACCUGGUUCUGAGAGGAAAACUGGAGGACAGAUUGAAGUGGUCUUUUAAAGUCUAUGACAGAGAUGAAAAUGGAAAGUUGGACCGGCAAGAGGUCAAGCGUAUUAUAAGGGUAAUUUGCAAACUCAAGAAAAAAGACAUAGGCAUGGCACCCAAUGAAAUCUGUGACAGAAUAUUUGAACUUGUGGAUGAAAAUAAAGAUGGUCAAAUAUCCCUGUCAGAGUUCAUGGAAGGUGCACAGAAAGAUGCCUGGAUUAUGGACUUGCUCACAUUGGAUACCAAUGCACGUGGAUGGUUCAGGGAAAACUGGGGGAAAAAAACAUGAAUUUUCAAUCUGAGAUCGAGAAACUUGGGUCAAAAUCUGGUUGCCCUUUUGCAAUCUUCCAAAUGCUGGGGUCUGCAAACUGGAGAGUCCUGGUAUGGAGGUCAGAAAAUAUUUGCUUUCUGUCACAAGGGUGCAUGUGUCUCAAUGCAUAGUGAUCAUGAUGAACACUGAUGUGCAACCAGUCUGAAUAUGUUAAAGCAGAAUUUUUUUUUUUUCUUGUCACAGUGUUGUGCUGGCUUUAAGAAGAUGAGUUAUUUUUUAUGACUGAUGGAUCUGAUGGAUAUAAUCAUGCCAAAACUGGAUUAAGGAUUUUGCAGUGCCCUGAGGAGUGAAUAAGCAGCAUGGACUCAAUGAGUGACAUAAUCAAGAGGCGAAAACUUAUGUUGAAAUGUGUGUUCUGUUCAAAGAGGGGACUAUAAUUUUUAAUUGUUCUGUAGUCAGUUUUAAAAUUUAAUCCAUUUUAUUUUGAUUUUGAUUAAAAACAUAAAUAAUCAUUUUUUAUUUAUUUUAUUUUUAGCAAUUAUGUAACAAUCAAACUGUGUUCAGGCCUGCACACUUACAGUGGCACUUUAGCAUUUGGUGACAUGUAUUCUUUUUGAAUGCCUCUGAAAGAUUCUUCCAUAUUGUUGCACAAAUAAUUUUAAGUGUAAAAUGAAUUUUGUGAGAAUUUAUUUUAUUUUAUUUUAUUGUAUCUGCUCUAUAAAAAGAACAAAAGGCAGACUCUUAAAGGAGUAUUCCGGGUUCAAGUUAAGCUCAACCGACAGCAUUUGUGGCAUAAUGUUGAUUUUCUCAAAAAAAUAUUUCAACGCAUCCCUCCUUGUCUUUAGAUAAAACAAAAAGAAUGUUACAGUGAGGCAAUUACAAUAGAAGUGAAUGAGGCCAAUCUUGGGAGGGUUUAAU